CUCCGGCAGAUCAGCUUCACGUGGAUUUCCCCCAGACAUCUCACUUGUGCCAAGCGAAGUCGUGUCUCUCUUUGAGAAGAUGCAUUCAAAAUUCAAUGAGGUUGUCUGGCCCAAUUAUUCUUCAUUGCAGUUGGCAAAAACCCUGCGAGCUCAAUUGGUGUUAAUUGAACCAAGUAAAUAUUUCGAGGCAGAGACGUACAUUACACAGGAACGUGCACGGCAGUACGAAGCCGAGGUGAAAAAUGCUUUUGCAUACUGGGCUUACUUGGGCCAUGAAGGCUGCGAACUUCCGGAGAACCUCGUGGAGGAGGAUUUGGAUGACUUUAGUGCAAGCAUGAAUAUGGUGGUGGAGAGUAUUCUGCGCACCUUUGCCCAAAAACUGAACGAAGAUGAGGCGUUACUUGAGCGCCACGCGGCCGAUGGAAUGGAAAAGAAGAAGCGCAUGCUGCUACGACAACAACAGCUACAACUACUACAACAAAAAGAACAGGAAAACGAACCGAAUCAGGAGGAGUCCAUGGAGCAAAAGUCCGAGGAACAAGGCGGGGCCCAGGAAGAGGAGCAGGAAAAGGAGACCGUGGGCUCCGUCUCCUUUCCGGGAUCGCGGCAGUUCAUCCGGGAGCACAUCUUAAAUGUCUUGCGUGAACUCAUAGCGCGGGAUAUGGGUCCCACAAUAGUUUUCAGCUUUGAAUCGGAAGACUGUGGCGACCUUGUAAAAUACGUUGUGGAGCAACUUGAAGAGGCCGAGUCACGCUACCGAAAGACAAACGAGUUUGCGCUAUACAAAGCCCGCAUAGAGCGCGCCGCCGCUGCUCAGGAAGCACGAAGAAAGCAGCGUGAGUCGACGCUCAAACAGAAGCGUCUAACGACUGGAGAUGAUGGCGACGUGGAAGUGGCGGAUCGCGAUAUGAGUGAUGGUGAAGGCGAGGAUGAAUUAUUUGUUGUCCCCGAUGUAUUACCCGAGUUCACAUUUAUCGGCGACAAGUGCACGGUGGAGCCUGAAGUCGUGGACUCACUUAUGGAAGACUGUGAGAAGGAAGGGGAAGAUCUCCUCCUUCGUGCCCUACAACGCGGUAUUGGUAUGCAUCAUGCCGGUGUAAAGGGUAAACUCCGGGCACAUGUGGAGCGUCUCUUCCGAGGACGUCACUGUGGUGUUAUUUUCUCCACAGAAACCCUGGCGCUGGGUAUUCACAGUCCCUGCCGCUCUGUUGUCCUGGCGGGAGACCAUAUUCUUCUUAACCCCACGCAAUUUCGUCAAAUGAUGGGUCGUGCAGGACGUCGCGGCCUCGAUUAUUUGGGCCACCUGGUAUUCCUGGGGAUUACCAUGCGACGUAUCAAACGGCUCAGACAAGCAGCAUG